AUGGGCGGGGCCUGGAGCGACUACCUAGAUCGUUCGCAGUGGGUGGGGGAAUGGGCAGGGCCGGGAAGUCUCCGCGGGGAAACGUUUGCUGGGGCGGGGCCUGGGGGCGGGGCCUGGGAGGGGCGGGGCAGUGUCCUCAGAAACGUAUGCAGUGGGCGAGGCCUGGGCGGGGCCGGGCCGAGUUCGCUCGGAAACUUUCGGCCCCGCCCCCGGCGCGCUCGCCCUGACUGCGCAGGGGAGACGCACCGUAUUGGCGGAGCGCGCAGUGAUUGGCGGGCGCGGCAGCCGCUGAGCGUGCAUAGCGGGACUGCGUGCCCGGAGCCGCGCCGUGAGUGGAGGACGGCCACUCCGCCCCGUCCCCCCCAGGCCUCGCCUCCGCGGCUCCUCUUCGCUGGGGCCAGAUUUCGGGUCUCCUUGGCGUCUCUGCGGCGGUCCGAGGCCCAGGGACUCUUGGGGCAGGCUGCUUUCCCGGCACCCCUUGUGCUCCGCGCGGGCAGGGAAACUGAGGCCCGGCGUCUCCAUCGGGUCGGACCCAAGCUUCCCGGUCACGGCGCUUCUCCGCGGGGCGGGCGGACCCACGAGGUCAGGGGUUGGGCGCCGCCGCCUUGCACCUCCUCGGGGCACCUCGCUCGCUCUCCUGGACGCCCCCUGCUGGAGGACUCGCAGCCCCUUAGCGCUUACCAGCUCCUCGGAAGACUCGGGGCUCUGUCCAGUCCUGGCAUCAUGGAUCCCGGCACCCCUCCUCCGCUGAACAUCUCCCACCCUCAGCCCCAGGUCCGACCCCGAGCCCGGCUCAAUGCUACGGCCUCACUGGAGCAGGAGAGGAGCGAGGAGCCCCAAGCCCACAACACAGGACCCGCAGCAUCUGGCCCAGCCCGGCACACCCAGAGCUCAGAGCCUGUGAAGGAAGACAUGGCGCUCCCCUUUGAGGAAGUCCUGGAGAAAGCCAAGGCCGGUGACCCCAAGGCACAGACAGAGGUGGGGAGACACUACCUGCGGCUGGGCAGCGAGGCGGACGAGGAGCUCAACAACUGCACGGCUGUGGGCUGGCUGGUCCUCGCCGCGAAGCAGGGCCGACGUGAGGCUGUCCGGCUUCUGUGCCGGUGCCUGGCGGACAGGAAAGGCAUCACCUCAGAGAACGAGCAGCAAGUGCAGGAGCUAGCCUCAGAGACCGAGCUGGAGCGGGUGGUACGCAGGCUGGCCCGCACCAUGUACUGGAGACUCAACCCCAAAAAGGAGAAGCAGGUGGCCGUGUCGGAGCUCUUGGAGAACGUGAGCCAGGUCGACGGGCAUGAUGGAAGUGCGCAGCCAGGCCCUGUCCCCAAGUCCCUGCAGAGGCAGAGACGGAUGCUGGAGCGCAUGGUCAGCAGAGAAUCCAAAACCUACAUCACACUGGACGACUUUGUGGAGAUCACCAAGAAAUAUGCCAGGGGUAUCAUCCCCAGUGACAUGUGCCUGCCGGGUGAGGACGAGGAUGAGGAUGAGGAACUAGCCGGGAAGAGCCCCGAGGACCUGCCGCUGCGUCUGAAGGUGGUCAAGUAUCCCCUGCAUGCCAUCAUGGAGAUCAAGGAGCAUCUCAUUGAGGUGGCCUCUAAGGCGGGCAUGCACUGGCUAUCCACCAUCGUGCCGACCCACCACCUCAAUGCUCUGCUUUUCUUCUUCAUCAUCAGCAACCUGACCAUCGACUUCUUUGCCUUCUGCAUCCCUCUGGUGGUCUUCUACCUGUCCUUCAUCUCCAUGGUCAUCUGCACCCUCAAGGUCUUCCAGGACAGCAAAGCCUGGGAGAGCUUCCGGACACUCACCGACGUGCUCCUGCGCUUCGAGCCCGGCCUGGACGUGGAGGAGGCCGAGGGCAACUUCAGCUGGAACCACCUGGAGCCCUACGUCCACUUCCUGCUGUCCGUCUUCUUCGUCAUCUUCUCCUUCCCCGUGGCCAGCAGGGACUGGGUGCCCUGCUCCGAGCUGGCCGUUGUGGCCAUCUUCUUUGCCGUCACCAGCUACGCCAGCCUAGGCACCUCGGCCGAGCCGCACACCCGCCGGGCCCUGAUCACCGAGGUGGCGGCCGGUUUGCUGUCCCUGCUGCCCAGCCUGCCCUUGGACUGGCCACCUCUGAAGCUGCUAGGCCAGAGCCUGGUGCGCGUGCCUCUGGGCGGCCUGCUGGUACUCCACGUCAGCCUGCCGUGCCUGCUGUACCUAUACCUCUUCUACUGCUGCUUCCGCAUGGCACAGCUCCGGCACUUCAAGGGCACCUACUGCUACCUGGUGCCCUACCUGGUGUGCUUCAUGUGGUGCGAGCUCGCGGUGGAAUUGCUGCUCCAAUCCAGCAGCCUGGGCCUCGUGCGCGCCUCCAUUGGCUACCUGCUCUUCCUCUUCGCGCUGCCGGUGUUGGCUGUGGGACUGGCCCUGGUGGGCCUGGUACAGCUGGUGCGCUGGCUCGUGUCCCUGGAGCUGACCAAGGUGGCCGUGGCCCUGGUGGCCUGCGGUGUCCCGCUGCUGCUGCGCUGGGGCACCGGGGCCCGCGCCUCCCUUGCAGGCGCGCUGCAAUCACUGACUCGCAGCUCCGUGGUCAAGCUCAUCCUGGUCUGGGUCUCGGCCGUGGUGCUUUUCUGCUGGUUCUACGUGUACCGCUCAGAGGGCAUGAAGGUGUACAACUCCACGCUGACGUGGCCGCAGUACAGCGCCCUGUGCGGGCCGCGCGCCUGGCGGGAGACCAACAUGGCGCGGACGCAGCUUCUCUGCAGUCACCUGGAGGGCCACCGGGUCACCUGGACGGGCCGCUUCAAGUACGUGCGGGUGACGGAGAUCGACAACAGCGCCGAAGCCGCCAUCAACAUGCUGCCCUUCGCCGUGGGAGACUGGCUGCGCUGUCUGUACGGCGAGGCCUACCCACCCUGCAGCGCCGACGGCACGCCCACCGCCCAGCACGAGCUGUGCCGCCUCAAGCUCCUGGCCAAGCACCCGUGCCACAUCAAACGCUUCGACCGAUACAAGUUCGAGCUCACGGUGGGCGUGCUGCCCGGCAGCCCCGAGGGCGCGCGCGGCCCCGACGAGGAUGACGUCACCAAGGACAUCGUGCUGCGCGCCAGCAGCGAGUUCCGCACGGUGCUCCUGGGCCUGCGUCAGGGCAACCUCGUGGAGUUCAGCACCGUGCUGGAGGGCCGCCUGGGCAGCAAGUGGCCUGUCUUCGAGCUCAAGGCCAUCAGCUGCCUCAACUGCCCGGCACAGCCCUCGCCCGCCCCGCGCCACGUCAAGCUGGAGCAGGACUGGCGCGGCACCGUGCACGGCGCCCUCAAGUUUGCCUUCAACUUCUUCUUCUUCCCGUUCCUGUCAGCUGUCCUGCUGUGGAGGUCGGCUCUGCGCACACGCAUCGCCAGCAGCCUUCCCGCGGGGGCCAGUCUGCAGAGUCUGGACUCCUGUCCCCCACGCCCCCCACCCCAAGUGCUCUGUGCUGACUCCUCAGGAGCAGGUGUGCUGGGCCACAGACUAGACGGCACGUCGUUCGUGUGCGCCCUGCUGAGCACCCGGGAUCGGUGA